AUGUCCUCUUCCUCCUCAUCUGAGUCCGGAAAGCUCUCUAAUCUCCCACAACUCCAUCGAUUCGUGACCGGCCAUAACAGUUCUGGCAAGGCUAUAGUCGAGACAGACAACGAUUUCCAAUGGAAGCCCUACGAUGACCAGAACAUGGCCUUCAGCGUCGUCUACACAACUUCAUCCAUGCCAGCCGACUUGAACAACGACAAAGAUCUGUCCACUCACAACGAUCUCAUGGCAGCUGGUAAGCUCGGCUUGGUGAAUCCAUCGGGAUCCGUGAUUCGCUGUGUCGACUUCAAGCCAGGCUAUUCCUGCGCUAUGCAUCGAACUCAAAGUCUUGACUACGGUAUUGUGCUAGAAGGUGAGAUUGAGAUGCUGCUUGACUCUGGAGAAAAGCAUCAGAUGAAGCGAGGCGAUGUGGCGGUGCAGAGAGCUACACAACACCAAUGGAGGAACAAAAGUGAUACAGAAUGGGCGCGUAUGAUGUUUGUGUUGCAGGACAUCAAACCUUUGACUGUGGAGGGCAAGGAGAUGAAGGAGGAUUUGGGAUUCCACGGUGAUCUUCCUCCAAGCGGGAAUUAA